AACAGAAACAUUCCAAAGAGCCUUCAUCUUUACAGGGCAUGCAUCUGGCAGUUGUGGCAUGUGGGGACCGGCUGGAAGAGACUCUCACCAUGCUGAAAUCAGCAGUUCUCUUCAGCAACAGAAGGCUCUGUUUUCACAUUUUUGCUGAGGAUUCUCUUAAGCCUGAAUUUGAGGAGAAGCUACAGGAAUGGCCUUCCUCAUAUACAAAGAAGUUUGAGUACAACAUUUACCCAAUAACCUUCUCAGUGGGAAAUGCUCAGGAAUGGAAAAAGUUAUUCAAACCAUGUGCUGCCCAGCGCCUUUUUCUUCCGGUUAUUCUAAAGGAGGUGGACUCUCUUCUUUAUGUGGACACUGAUGUUCUCUUUCUGCGGCCCAUCGAUGAUAUCUGGCACGUCCUGAAGGAGUUCAACUCCACACAGCUGGCCGCUAUGGCCCCCGAGCAUGAGAUACCAAAGAUUGGCUGGUACAGUCGCUUUGCUCGUCACCCCUAUUACGGGACAACAGGAGUCAAUUCUGGAGUCAUGCUAAUGAACUUAACCCGCAUACGCAAUACUCAGUUCAAGAACAGCAUGAUACCAUCCGGUUUGACUUGGGAGGAAAUGCUGUACCCAUUAUACCAAAAGUACAAAAAUUACAUUACAUGGGGAGACCAGGAUUUACUAAAUAUUAUUUUUUACUUUAACCCAGAGUGUCUCUAUGUGUUUCCCUGUCAAUGGAACUACCGGCCUGAUCACUGCAUGUACGGGAGUAACUGCAAAGGUGCCGAGGAAGAAGGUGUCUCCAUUCUGCAUGGGAAUAGAGGUGUCUACCACGAUGACAAGCAGCCUACAUUCAAGGCGCUCUAUGAAGUGAUACGUGAUUUUCCUUUUGAAGACAAUCUAUUCCAGUCUUUGUACUACCCACUUCAGUCUAAGUUUCUGGAUACAGUGCACACUUUAUGUGGGAGAAUUCCACAAGUCUUUUUGAAGCAAAUUGAGAAAACUAUGAAGAAGGUGUAUGAAAAUCGUGUCAUUGUCUACUUGGGAGCCAACCACAGAUACUAAAACUAUAUUUUUUGUAGAAUUCUUC